AUGCAUCCCCAUCCCCAUCGCAGCGGCAGCCAUGGGUCGGACAAGUCGGGAGCCAGCCGCAGCAAUCACCGCGACGUCGAGGCGCAGCGCUUCUCCUACACCGACGACCGCAAGCUGGGAAUCUGUAGCGUCGCCUUUCUCAUCAUCAACAGCAUGAUUGGCACCGGCAUCUUCUCCGCUCCCGCCGACGUCUUCCGCGCCACCGGCUCCGUCGGCCUCUCCCUCCUCCUCUGGCUCCUCGGCGGCCUCCUCGCCUUCUGCGGCCUCUCGCUCUACCUCGAGUUCGGCCUCGCCCAGCCCAACCGCUCCGGCGGCGAGAAGAACUACCUCGACCGCGCCUACCCGCGCCCGCGCCACCUCGCCGUCUGCGUGCUCGCCGCCCAGAUGGUCCUCCUCGGCGUGUCCUCGGCCAACGCCGUCGCUUUCGGGCAGCUCCUCGUCGACGCCUGCGGCUCCUCCUCCUCCUCCUCCUCCUCCUCCUCCUCCUCGGGAAUCGCGAAGGAGACGUGGGCGGCGCGCGGCAUCGGCGCCGCCUGCGCGACCCUGGCCGUCGCUCUGCACGCGGCGCUCCCGCAGUGGGGGGUGCGCCUGAUGAACGUGGCCGGCCUGUUCAAGAUGGUCGUCAUGCUGGUCGUCGCCUUUGCCGGCUUCGCUGCCCUCGCCGGCCUGCGCGGCACCGACGACGACCCGCACAACUUUGACCGCCCCUUCUCCAACACCCCCGCCGGGGGUGCAAGCUUCUCCGCAUACCUCGGCGCCAUCGUCAGCAUCACGUACAGCUUCGCGGGGUGGGAGAACGCCAACUACGUGCUGGCCGAGGUCCGCGCGCCGCGACGCACGCUGGCCAUCGCGGCGCCGCUGGCGGUCGGCCUGGUCGCGGUGCUGUACGUGCUGGCCAACGUGGCGUACUUUGCGGCGGUGCCGGCGCGCGAGCUGGCGGGCUCGGAGGCGCUGGUGGCGGCGCUCUUCUUCAAGACCAUGUUCGGCGAGGCGGCGGCGGCGAAGACGCUGCCGGUGUUCGUGGCGGUGAGUAGCCUGGGCAGCGUACUCGCGACGAGCUUUGCGCACUCGCGGCUCAACCAGGAGCUGGCAAAGGAGAGGAUCCUGCCGCUCGGCAGGUUCUGGGCCUCGAACCGGCCCUUUAACGCCCCCGCGGCGUCACUCCUGCUUCACUGGAUAGUAACCAUGGUUGUGCUCUUUGCACCGCCCCUGGGUGAAUCGUACGAUGCCCUCAUAGAACUGUAG